AUGGAAGCAGGAUAUAAUGACAUCAAGGAGUUAAAGACACCAAUAGGAGGCGACACGUGUCAACAGGUUGCAAACGUACCCGUUGGAUUGACUGUCAGAUAUAACAUGUCAUAUGGACAAUUGGGAGCUUUAUACAGCUGUAAAUCUUUAACCGCUGAUGAGUCGACAGAUCAUUGCCCUAGCAGCAUUUGUCAAUCGGAUGGAACCUGGUCAGAUUUCAGUAUAUCAUGUGGUGUACAUGAUUGUUACAACAAUAGUUCUACCUAUAGAGGUAAAGUGAGCUGCAGUGCUCUUGGAAGAACCUGUAAGCGUUGGGAUACAGUCAAUCCACAGAACCUCCCAUCAGAUCCAGCUGAUCACGUGACUAAUUACUGCAGAGAUCCUAAAGGUAAAGGGAGGCCUUACUGUUAUAAAGGAACAAAAGAUUCGGAGUGGGAGUACUGCCAUGUGACAAAAUGUUAAAUGCGAAUCAAACUGUUUAAAGAAGAAUACCGGCGUGGCGUGUAAAAAACGCAAUUCAUGUCACAUGAUAAAAAACAUUUAUAACGACAUGUGUAAUUUGUUUUAUUUAUAAAAAGUUCAUAUUGAAAAUUAUGAAAUAUAAUAUGUGGGAUCUAGAUGAGGGGUCCUUCAUUUUUGUAUUCUUUCAUU